AUGAUACGCAUUAGCAUUCUAACGAGUGCGCUCUUUCUGUUGGCCAGCAUUGCUAACACAAGUGGCAUACGGGAUGUUCAUCGCAUGCUAGUAAAGGAAAAAACAGAUGGAAUUAACAGGGACAAUAAACAAGUGCCCAAACUUGGGGAAACAUUUGCUUUUGCUAAACAUUUCCAAGAUAAUAUGGUACUACAGAAAGCGCCAGCCAGAGCUAAUAUAUAUGGGUUUUCAUCUGCGCUUGGUCAACAAGUCAUUGCUCAGAUGAGAACACCCUCACACCAGUACUAUUAUUCUACGACAGUCCAGCAAAGCCCAUCUCCUAACAUCGGUGUAUGGAGUUUCAGCCUGGACCCAAUAGAGGCUAAUGUAACUGUGAGCAUUAAUGUUCACUCAGAGCAAGGAGAGCUUGCCAUAAGAAAUGUCAUCUUUGGUGAUGUUUGGAUUUGCUCUGGGCAGUCUAAUAUGCAGUUUACAAUUGUUAUGAUGCUGAACGCUUCACAAGAACUAGCAGAUGCCAGAAAUUACCCCAAUAUUCGGAUAAUGACAGUAGCAGAAGCACAAUCUGAUACACCUCUUCAUGACCUGGUUUCAAUUGAAGAACACUGGACUUCACCCAGCAGUGCAACCAUAGGUGGUCCAGCAUGGUCAUUUUUUUCUGCUGUGUGCUGGUUGUAUGGGAAAGCUAUACAUAAAGAACUUGGCUACCCCAUUGGUUUAGUUUCCACAACGUGGGGCGGCACUCCCAUAAAGGCAUGGUCAUCCCCUGAAGCUCUUGCUGAGUGUGGAGUCACAAGCAACACUGCCAAAAACCAGCCACCAGAAUAUGAAAGCUAUGUGAAGCAGCUGCCACCAGCGGAAAGAGCUAAGCUUUCUGGACCUGAGACUAACUCAGUUCUGUGGAAUGCCAUGGUGUAUCCACUGCUGGGUAUGACUAUCUAUGGGACCUUAUGGUAUCAAG